UCGUUUAGGAAAAGCAAAUGCUGUUCGAUCAGUUCAGUGUUUUUCUUCAAGCACAUAAACUCAGUGUCGCACAAUUAUUCAAAUAACAUUCCCAGACUCCGAAAUCAUUAAAUCAUGGUGGGAAAAUGGUGUUGGGCAUAUGCAACGUAAAGUGAUCAAUGCAUCGUUUUUAUAGUCUUGUUUUGCGUGAUUGAUUCUUCAUUGUUGUCAUUGUCAAUUCCAUGUCGUCAAGCUAUCCAGUCAGAGUUUACACUGGCAGUGCUGGAAGCAAAAGUAGAUUCAAGUUUAAUGGUUUUCUGGAGGAAUCAGUAACAGGUCUAAUAAACAAGAAAUUACCCAAAGAGUUGCUGUUAAGAGUAUUUUCAUAUUUGGACAUUGUCAGCUUAUGUAGAUGUGCUCAAGCCUCCCGGGCAUGGAAUAUACUGGCAUUGGAUGGUAGCAACUGGCAACAUGUGAAUUUAUUUGACUUCCAAAAAGAUGUCAAGACACAUGUCAUUCAAAGCUUGUCAUGCAGGUGUGGUGGAUUUCUCAAAUACUUAAAUGUUCAAGGUUGUCAAGGAAUAGAGGACGUUGCAUUAAAAACGUUUUCGGAUCAAUGUCGGAAUAUUGAAACGCUGAUACUUCGAGAUUGCAACAAAAUAACCAAUAAAACAUGUGAUAGUUUGAGUAGCACCGCUAAUCGACUCGUUCAUCUAGAUUUAGAAUCUUGCGUUGAAAUCAAUGAUCAUGGGCUAAUGAAAAUUGGCAAAGGAUGCAACAAAUUAGAACACUUGAGCAUAUCCUGGUGUCGCAAUGUAACAUCAACUGGAGUAACGGCUAUCAGCCGAGGUUGUCCUUCGCUGAAAUGCUUUCUUGCUAGAGGAUGUGUCAAUUUACGGGAUGAAGGUAUUCAAUCGCUUGCAAGCAAGUGUGUUCAUUUACAAAAACUUGUUCUGCAAAGUUGCGUGGCGCUGACUGACAAUUGUAUCAAGUUGGUUGGUGACCACUGUAAGCAGCUGACAUUUUUAAAUGUGUCAGAUGUGGAAGCCUUGACAGAUCAAACAUUAAAGUAUAUUGGAGAUGGUUGUCAUGAACUCAAAACUCUUGAAGCUGCACGUUGUUCACAGUUUACUGAUGUCGGAUUCUCCACGUUGGCUCGUGGAUGUCACGAACUACAAAGACUGGACUUGGAAGAAUGCAUAUUAAUAUCUGACAAUACACUCCAUUCACUUUCGUAUAACUGCCCAAGGAUUGUAAACUUGACUUUAUCCCACUGCGAGCAAAUCACUGACGAAGGUAUUCGACACAUAGCUGGAGGACCAUGUGCGAUAGAACAUUUACAAAUUAUAGAAUUGGACAAUUGUCCCUCCAUCAGUGAUACUUCAUUAGAUCAUUUAAUGCAUUGUCAAGCGCUACAAAGAAUUGAACUGUAUGAUUGUCACCUGAUAACCAGAAGUGGCAUUAGAAGGCUGAAGAGUCGCCUACCUAAUGUACGCGUGCAAGCGUACUUUGCUCCUGUCACUCCGCCACCAACUACGGUGACAAGCAGACGUAGAAGUUGCCGCUGUUGUUUAAUUCUGUGAAUCUUCGAAAGCAUAAAACUUUUGAUCGUUUUUUAACACAUGUCAGUGUGGAAUACCAUAAGUGUUAACAGCCAAAAGAGAUUGACGAUCGCGCUAACGAUUUCGUAUUGUAUGAAAUAUGCCGGAAAUGUGACAUGCCAGGGAGACUUUGUUGCGCUAUUCGUUCUCAAGCCAAAGUGAUGCUUGGAGUUUCAUCGAAUAAUGGAAGAGAAGAUAUUCAUUCGUUGUUAUGCAAAUUUAUGACGAGCUUCGACGUAUCCUGUGAAGCUAUUGGUGCACGUGUGACUUAAAUCUAAACCUGUUUUGUGGGGAUUGUUUUGUGUGUGUGUAUGAAGAGGCGAAUCAGAAAAAACUUUAUAAUUGAGUCAAUACCUUGUUUCGUCCCGAUUAAAAUAACAUAUGAUUGGCAACAAAUUCUAUUAAAAUUCAAUUAUAGUUCAAAGUCUAUAGAAAAAAUCGCUUAUGUAAUUCUAAAUUUCUGAAGCAUUUCUUUCUGUACAUCAGUAAAAGACACAAAGUGUUGUAUAAAUAUAAACUGUUUGUUUUUUGUUUGUUUGAUUUUUUUUUAAUCAUCUUUUUAUACAUGGUUUUGUAGAUAAGUAUUUUCACGGCUUUUUCUCUUACCGCCAUUAUGGCAUUGCUGAUAAAAAAAACAGUUUUUUUGUGUGACCAUAGAUAUACGGUGCGAGAAAAAUCUGUUUCUGUUUUCGUUCGGACGCAUCA